GGACAGCUAAGUUUCUUCGUAACCAUGAAACUGUUCUUGCUUACCUUCGCUGCGGCUCUGGCUCUGGCCACCGCCGGUCGCUUUGACUACCGCACCCUCCAGCUCCCCAGGGUCACCGUUGAGGAGACCCCAGAGGGCCGCAUCGUCAACGGCUACCCGGCAUACGAGGGCAAGGCCCCCUACAUUGUGGGUCUGCUGCUCCGCACUGACGGCAGCAACGGCGCCGCCGUCGGAGCUGGUUCCAUCAUCUCCAACGACUGGGUCCUGACCGCUGCUCACUGUCUGACCACCGACUCCAUAGACAUCCACUACGGCUCGAACUGGGGCUGGAACGGAGCCUUCUCGCACAACGUGCGCCGUGACAACUUCAUCAGCCACCAUGACCACGACAUCGGUCUGAUCCGCACCCCGUGGGUGGACUUCAACAACCUGGUCAACAAGGUCGCGCUUCCCAGCUUCAGCGAGGAGAACGACCGCUUCGCCGACACCUGGGCCGUCGCCUGCGGAUGGGGUGGCAUGGAGAACGGAAACCUCGCCGAAUACCUGCAGUGCAUGGACGUCCAGAUCAUGAGCAACAGCGAGUGCAGACAGACCUACGGAGGUGUCUCCGACCAGGACUUGUGCACCCGUGCUGCCGAUAACAAGUCCGCCUGCGGCGGUGACUCCGGCGGUCCCCUGGUCACACACGACAACCCUCGUCUCGUAGGAGUGAUCACCUGGGCCUGGGCAGACUGCCGUACUCUCUCGGGAUACACCCGCACCACCGACUACCUGGGAUGGAUCCGCGACCACACUGGCAUCUCCUACUAAAAUAUUUUUAAAUAGGAGUGAAGGGUCUGCAAGGGCAACGACACUCUUAAUAAAUUCUUGGCAUACCUUUAAA